AUGUAUCACCAGUUGAAGAUACGAAAGGAGGACUGCCAGGCACAGCGCUUUCUCUACCGGAGCGACCCGUCUCAGAAACCAGACGUUUUUGUGAUGGAUGUGGCGACCUUCGGUUCGACUUGUUCGCCCUGCUCGGCGAACUUCGUAAAAAACAAAAACGCACUAGAGUGGAAGACAGAACAUCCAGAAGCAACAGCGGCGGUGAUAGAGAACCACUAUGUAGACGAUUACCUGGACAGCCGCGAUACGGAGCAGGACAUGGCAAACUUGGCGUCAGACGUACGGAAGAUUCAAGCAGAGGCUGGGUUCGAGCUACGAAACUGGCGGUCAAAUUCCAAAAAAGUGUUGCAGUCUCUUGGAGAAGAUGCAGCGAUCCAAACGAAGGAAUUUAGAGUCGACAAGGAAAGUCAGGUGGAACGCGUUCUUGGAAUGGCGUGGUUACCAGAUGUAGAUAUGUUUGUGUACUUCGUCAAGAUGCCGGACGACAUUGAGCGCUCGGAUUCUACAAAGGUCGCUACGAAGCGUAGUAUUCUAAGGUUCGUCAUGAGCGUGUUCGACCCGCUUGGGUUGAUUUCGAACCUGCUCGUCCACGGUAAGGUGAUCAUUCAAGAUUUGUGGAUAGCUAAAGUGGGAUGGGACGACACUAUCCCAGCGGAAAUACAGCACAACUGUAUCGUCGAUCGUGAUCUGCCGAGAUGCGCUUUGGUAGCAUCAAAGACCAAGGUGGCUCCGCUGAAGCCGCUGUCAAUCCCACGAUUGGAGUUGCAGGCAGCAGUUAUUGGAAGCCGAAUAGCAAAGUCCGUCGCAGAGUAUCACACGCUGUCUGUAAGUCGUAGAUUUUUCUGGAGCGACUCCAAAACGGUUCUUUCCUGGAUCGGAUCAGACGCUCGGAAGUAUCGCCAGUACGUAGCAGUACGUAUUGGUGAAAUCCUGGAAGAAACUCAGCCUGAUGAGUGGCACUGGGUGCCCACAAAACACAACGUUGCGGAUGAAGCCACCAAAUGGGGGAAAGGUCCAACGUUUCAUCCGGACAGUCGAUGGUUCACGGGACCGGACUUUCUCUUCCAGCGGGAGGAUAAGUGGCCACAGCAACAGAUACCAGUAGCCGAUACGGAAGAAGAACUACGAGUUGUACAUGUGCAUCGUGCAAAGAUAAUCGAGCCGUUUAUCGAUUGCGACCGGUUCUCCAAAUGGGAACGAAUCCUCCGUGCCACAGCGUAUGUGUAUUCGUUCAUUGGUCGAUACCGAGAUUUCGGUAAGCAAGGGGUUUCGCGAGCCAAACGUGAGUUGACGCAGGAAGAUAUGCAGCGAGCAGAGAAAGCUUUGUGGCGGCUUGCUCAAGCCGACGCCUACGCCGAAGAAAUAACCAUCCUGCAGAAAGAAUCAGACGGACACCGUCCGUUAAAACUCGACAGAAGCAGCUCGAUUCGUCAACUGUCUCCGUUUUUGGAUGAGUUCGGGGUGAUUCGUAUGGCAGGUCGAACUGAAGCUUCACCGCUAGCAAGUUACGAUGCAAAGUUCCCAGUAAUCUUGCCGAAACAACAUCGUGUGACUGAACUUCUGAUCGACUGGUACCACAGACGAUUCGGCCACCACAGCAACGAAACUGUAGUCAACGAAAUUCGUCAGCGUUAUCACAUUUCCACUCUACGGAUAGUGGUACGCAAAGUUACAAAGAAGUGUCAGUGGUGCACAGUGAACAAGGCGCUUCCUGUAGUCCCCAGGAUGGCUCCUCUACCAGAAGCACGUGUUACUCCGUUCGUGCGUCCAUUUUCAAUGGUCGGCAUCGAUUAUUUUGGACCAUAUAUCAUUAAAAUUGGCCGAAGUCACGUGAAGCGUUGGGUGGCACUCUUCACUUGCUUAGUUGUUAGAGCAGUACAUCUAGAAGUAGCGGCGUCACUCUCCACCGAAUCUUGCAAGUUAGCUCUUCGUCGCUUCAUCGCUCGUCGCGGGGCACCAUUGCAAAUCUACUCCGACCACGGAACAAAUUUUGUCGGUGCCAGUCGCGAACUGGCUAAUCAAGUGGCAUCUUUGAACCGAGAGUUAGCGGAAACCUUCACGGAUAUCAACACUCGUUGGCUGUUUAUUCCACCAUCUUCCCCGCACAUGGGCGGUGCGUGGGAAAGAAUGGUCAGAGCAGUUAAGACAGCAAUGGAAUCCAUCAACCACUCUCGCGCGCCGUCCGAAGAAGUGUUCCAGACAAUACUUUGUGAAGCAGAGUCAAUGGCCAACUCAAGACCCUUGAUGUACAUUCCGCUGGAGACUUCGGACAAGGAGGCAUUGACUCCGAAUCAUUUUAUUCUUCUCAGCUCUAACGGAGUCAAGCAGCCGGAGAAAAUUCCGACUACAGAAGGUGAAUCACUUCGCACCGGUUGGAACUUGUGUCGAUACGUCCUGGACCAGUUCUGGGUAAGGUGGAUCCGGGAAUAUCUACCGGUCUUAACACGGCGCACCAAAUGGCACGAUGAAGCCAAGCCUAUUCGAGAAGGAGAUCUAGUAUUCGUAGUCGGAGAGCCGACUCGGAACCGAUGGCCUCGUGGUAAGGUCGUUAAAGUUAUACCGGGUAAGGAUGGCCGCAUCAGGCAAGCAGACGUUCAGACGAGUUCAGGAAUUCUACGCCGUCCAAUGGUUAAACUAGCGGUGCUCAACAUACUACCAGAAGGUAAUUCUGCUGCACCGGAGCAGCAUUACGGGGAGGAGGAUGUAGCAGGAGGCGUUACACCCGUUGGAGUCGCUGCGAAAAAGCUCAAUAGGGAUGUUACAGAACUGACAGAUGUCCCGUCAACUAAUAGCUGUGCUAGUGGAAACGUGUUGCAGCGAGGUGGGUACCAUCCGGUUGUGAAACUUGCCGCCCAAGACUCCCAGCUACACGUGUUGGCCUGGUCGGUGCUACAGCAGCAGUGA